UCACGUUUUCCUUAUGCCCCUCAACUACUGGAUAAAUGAUUGGGUUUCAUAAGCUUCAAAAUUGCGCAUUAAACACGAACUGUAGAAUUGAGGCUAUUUAGGGAUUUAUUUACUCUAAGGUGUAUGCUCUAUGUGAUUGACUAUAUUCGAAAGUAACAUGAAUGAGAACUAAAUCGAUGAAUAAUUAGUAGUCGAUUGUAGUAAACGAAGAAUAUACUUGUCAAAUCCAUAUGCUCAAUACUGUGUUAUUUUACAUGUCGUGGUUCAGUUAAUUGCGGUUCUUUCUUAGUUUUUUAUAUAAUGGUAUUAUUAGAAAAUGAUGCGUUUUUGUUGGAGUUAACUAAAUUAUUUCAAAAAUGCAGAUUGGAUGGCUCAGUGACCAUAACAUUCAAAAGAUAUGAUGGUAGAAAUCGACCUAUUCCAAGAGCUGGAAGACCACCUCUACCAGAACCACAAGAAAAUAUGUGCUUAGUUAGAGCCAAAUCAAGAUCUAAAAAAAUAGCAACAGUAAUCCACCAAAAAGACGUGAAUAAAUUCCAAGUUGCAUACAGCAAUUUACUAAAGGGUAAUUUGGAUGGAUUGAAAAAAUUGAAAAAAACAAAAACCAAAACAAAAGCGGAGUAACAAGUUUUUAUUAUCUAUUACAAUAUACAAAAAUUUAAUGCAAUGAUGCAUUUUUUUUAUUUAAUUCAUAUCAUAUAUUUGAAAUUCUUUCUAAUAAAAAUAUAAAUUUAA